GCCUUCGUGUCUCAGCUCGUACGGAGAGGUCAGGAUCGACUAUUGGGUCCCUUGUCGCAGGAGGAGGCCCUCAAGCGCCUGCAGGGUGAGAAGCUCCUCCGUGGCUGUGACCAGUUGACCAAGGUUCUCCAGAAGGUGGAUGAAGUCACCGUGGCGGACCAACCUCUCUUUUCGCAGGACUCAUCAGAGCACUCCGUGAGAACGACCCCAUUGCGAUGA